AUGAAGCUGCUGUCUACCAUCAUGUUGGGCUGUCUUCCCGUCGCCCUGGCCAAAUCUAUUGUCGUCACCUUCCCCAAGGAUACCCCGGACUCGGUGGUGAAAGAUGCGAGGCAGGCCAUCAUUGAUGCGAAUGGUGAAAUUACCCAUGAUUACCAAUUGAUCAAGUGUGUAUAUACCCACCCCUUCCUUGUGUCCUUCUCGCAUCCUCGGGGGUUCGCCGCCACAGCCCCAGACGAGGCGAUCCAGCAGCUCUCAACUGAAUCCUCAGGGUAUCACCCGACCAUCGAGGAUGACACGAUCGUGUCGACUCAGUGA